AUGGCCCUUGCUCAUGUCAAGCGGCGCCGUUUGCUGGGGAAGCAAAGCGUGCCGGACGCAGACCCCGUGCCUGGUGUGAACACAAGUGAGACACGGAAUGCCGUGAUCACUUUUGUCCGGGAUGGUUGGGUCGCGCAGCAGAUGCAGAACAGGGCUUUGGGCUGUGGCCACUGGGACCAUGUUCCGUUAUUCGGGCUUGUGGAGCAAAAUCGAGGCGAUGUUUCUGCUGCCUUGAGGGCACAUGCAACGACGCAGCAAAUCUGGGACGGCUUUCAGUCCUUUGGCCACAGCCUGAAGCAGCGGUUUGGGCUGGAGCGGCUAACGCUUGCCAUGGAGCUUCACACCCAAGUUUCCAUGGAGGCUGGCUAUCCCAGUGUGCAUUUGCACCUCAUGUUUGACUCCAGAAAAUCGGUGAGUUUGAGCCGUGAGGCCUUGCUCUUCAUGUCGUGUGUGCCCUAUAUCUCAACUGACGCGCCUCGUGCGCGUGGCAAGGCGUGUCGCCAGGCAUUUAAUCAAGGGUAUUAUUAUUUGCAGGCGCCAAAGAUCGGCAGUAUUUUCAGCUACACGACCUGCGCAGCUUUCGAGGUUUUCGCCGUGUCUUUUGAGUGGGUGACGGCUCUUUGGGCGACGAACAAGAUCACUGCUCGAUCUGCAGAGGAUCAGUUUGUGCGCGCGAAGAAGCACAUCAAAGCCUACCUGGACAACGUGAAAGCUUGGGAGAGCAGCCAGAAGCAGCAGCGCGUUGCGGAGAUGAAGGCGGCAGCUGCUACUGCGUUGCUUCCCUUGCGCAAAGAGACUGUCCGUCUGCAGCAAGUCGAUAGCGAGUUUCUCCCUCAGUUUCAGAGGCCGAUGUUUCGCCGGAAGUUUUUGGUCUUGGACGGGCCAUCGCGGCUUGGGAAAACCGUGUUUGCCAACAGCCUUGCAGGCGCGGAAAAGACCUUGGAGGCCAACUGCGCCAAUACGCACCUGAGCCCCCGGCGCCCUGACCUGCUGCAGCUGGGCGGCGAGCCGGAGGCGCCCAAGCCCUGGCGCGCCGGAGAGGCUGUGGCGCGGCUGGACCACUUCCGGCACGGCCAGGGCAGCUGCCGGCCUCACGACCGUGUCGAGCCUGGGGGCGCUGCCAACCUGGCGAACGUGCAGAGCGACCUGCCGCCCAACUGCCGGGCCCCCGGGGCGCCGCCGCCGGAGCAGCUGGGCACCUUGCUGAAGCCCAGGACGGAGUAUCCCUACUCCUCGCGUGCGCACGUGCCGGUGCCGGUUCCCUUCAUCCGCAAGGCGCGGCGCUUGCGCAUGGCCCCGGAUCCGGAGGUGCAGGAGCUGCUGGCGAGCCCUCAGACAGCCAAGCUGCUGCAGCCGGUUGCAGGGGUGGACAGAUGGCCCAAGGAGGCAGCGGUGGACCGGGGGCCAGAGGCCCGGCGAGGUGCUCGCGUCCGCGCCACCUUCCGCAGGGUGCCGCAAGCUUCCGAACUCACCCUGGGAGUCGUCCCGGGCUGA